AUGACUGCACUCCAAUUUCACCAAGAGUCGGACCAGGGGCUCAAGCUCGGCCGCCUGGACGACGUGGAGGUGGGCGGGAGGCUGACUGAGUUGGUCGUUGCCGCCCUCGAUGCUGGUUUUCUGACGGAGCCAAGAGACGAGUUCACCUUUAAGGACGACCCGACGACCCAUCGUGACUCCUUUGAGACGAUCCCGGCGAGCCGUUUGGUCGUCGUCCAGUACGAGUACGUUACGAGUCCCUGCACCUACCACCCGCUCCUAACCGAGGUUAUGCUGCCCCAAGGAGUGCUGUACACAAGCAGCAGCGCCGACACGGGCGGGGUGUACUCCGGAGACAUGCGCCAACUUGGCAAGAUCCUCUUGUCGCACGGGAUCGACUUGGCCAACUACGGCAUCUGGAGCUCAAGCGGCACGUCGGAGAGCCCCCACCCCUUCAGCUGCGCGCUGAUUGCCGCUCACAACACCGUUGGGCAGUACGCGAACGGCAGGGAGGCGACGGGCAACUUCUGCGGGCUGGCGCACUGGGCCGUGGAGGUGUGGCACGCGGCCGGGUCGGUCGACGCGAGCCGGUGGCAGGUCGAGGCUGACGGAAAGCGCCUCUUCUUUGUGCGGGUCGCGGAAAAGGCCGCAUAA